AUGAAAGCAUGUGUGAUUGUCCGCACUGUCAGCCUGCGCAGUGAGCACCUGUUCCUCACUCUGGGGCCGGUGGGAUGGAAGCACAGGAGAAGGACAAGGAUGGACUGGACCAGUCUGUCCUGGACCACAAUGAGGUCAUCACGCUGUCUCCCAAACCACAAGCCCCAGGACUCAUGCCUGAACACUCAGGGCUCUGGCUGGGCCCGCAGUCUACAGCAGCGGCCAGCACUAGGAGCCCUCUCUCUCCCGCGGCCCAGACUGAGGCCCCAGUGUGUUGGACGUCCUGAGGGGGCUGUCAGCAGCUCCUCUGACCCCUCACAGGAGACAGGACGUGGCUCUGGCUCCAUCAGCGGCGACGGACGGCGACAGACAGAGAGGCCACGUUGUUCGGCCUCUGAUCACAUGAUGCUAUCGCGCUCGGCUGGAUUCUCAGGCCCCGGGGUCAGAGGUCAACUGCACCUGAGGCCAAUUCCCACCGACAAAAGGCCAGUGUUUACAGCUCCACGUCUGCAGCAGGAGGAGGAGGAAGAGGAGGGGGGGAGGAGGAGGGGCGAGGGACAGCUAUUUCUGUGUCCGAGAGGAUGCCAGAUAAACACCAGCCAUUACGCCGCUCCGCUCGUCUGGCACCCAGUCAAGGACAACAGAUGGGAACCUUUAGAGCCCCCCCCCCCCCCUCCAGCCCUCACUCCGCAGAAGGCACAGGACCAGAUUGGAGCGUGCUGA